CCCAGCAUCAUCUGAUCUGAUCUGAUAUUCGUGCCUGUUGUAGCAUACAACCUGCAUGUCCAUGCGUUUAAUGUUAAAAUUCAAAGGACACCAAAACAGCCAUCAGUCAUGUGCCGUUCCCAGUCUAUUCUUCCAUGCGAGCCGUCACUUUUCCCCAGCUUCGAUUGCAGGAUACAGCCGAGCAGCGAAUGUCACUCUGUGGCUUGCACCUUGCUUGCUUGCCUUUAUUCCACGCCUACCUACCUUCUUCCCUGGAAAUGAAAUGCGGCAUACAUACCUUGAGCCACAUCACACACCUUUCGGUGCAUCGGAAUACCUGCGCCGCGCACCUGCAUCACAGAGAGCAAGCAGAAUGCUGCAGUAGCACCCGUCGUGCUUGCGAAAGACUCGAGAAGCAACAACUUGAUCGUCUGGGAAGUUCCGAGACAUUGGGGAUGGGCUGCUAUAUUUUUUUUGGAGAUCUCAUUCGGCAGUGGGUUAUUAGAGUGCUUUAGAUGCCCUCGAAAAGGUUGGCUGCAUGUGUAGAGUACAUGUCUAGUCUACCUUCAUACAUAUGCAUAGGUACCCAUGAGCAUGAGCGGCAUUGCAUCCAUUCCUUGCUGCAAGAGGCUGCUUGGAGAAGACGGCUUGAGCCUAAUAUAUGUCUAGCAUUCAGCUGAAGUACCGUUCUGUAAUUCUACAUCGUCACU